AUGUCUUCAAGUCCUAAUCCUAGCGGCAAUAGCGCUGCUGCUCACUCGACUCCCGACGCUGGUAGCCCUCAGUCGAUAUUCAACAGACGUUUAGCCGCUUCUAUUGAAAAGGAUUCAAGUCAGAGUUCGAAUUUCGUUUAUGCUAUUAAACAGACAAAGACCUAUUGUCGACCGGAUUGCGAGGUCACUCAUGUCAUGGAUCCAUCUUCAGUAAUCUUUUUCGACUCUUCAAAGGACGCUUCUGCCAAGGGCUUCAAACCAUGCAAUCACUGUAAACCAGACCUGGAAAUGAAGGUCGAUAAUCAGAUCAUCGAUUCAACGGUAAACGCAGUAAAUGCUUCACUUGGUUUGGAUUUGUCAUCCAAUAGCACAAAGGCAGCUGAACCAGGUUCGAUUGCUAUUACUGCUGCCAUUCCUAUUGAUGCAUCUACGGUCAUUCCUAUCAAAGCAGAGCAAUCAUCUAUUUCAUCUGAUCCUGCUGACUCUUCUUCAUUACAAAACACAUCGAUUCCUAUUACCAGCAAUGGCUCUGUUCCAUUUAUGUUUCCUUCAACCGCUUCUACCCAUUCACCCACUCCCGAGUUCUCACCUAGACACUUCCGAUCGCUGUCAUCAAUUGGCAACCAAGAAUUCUUACCUCCAACUGUUAUUAAUGAAGAAUCCUGGAGACCUCGUCGUGCGUCUAUUGCUUCUGGACACAUUCCUGCUGUUUUAGCCGCAGUCACUGAAAUGACAAAGACCGGGGCAUCUAUUGACGGUACCAGCAUCAUUUUACCCAACACCAAUCUCGUCACUUCAACCGCUCAAGGAACACCUCAUCCUGGCCGAAGAAGUAGAGAUCGUGGUGAUGGUGAACGUGACCAUCAGAAGCUUGUUGAUGAAGCGUGCAGACAUAUCGCAGCCGCUGCUGCUGCAAGUGCUGCUGCUAGUGCUGCUGCCGCUGCCGCUGCUGCUGCUGCUAAUUCAGACGAAGAAGGUCCUAGUACCUCGUCAAGUGCCAGAUCACGAUCUCGUAAAGGUCGUGGCUCUGUUUCAGGACGUUCAGGAUCUAUCUCUGCUACUUCUAUUACUGCUAUUCGUCUUCAACGUAAGAAACGAAGAGGUGGUAUUUUAGGAUUUAAAGAGCUGGCUGCCAAGGCUGGUCUCAGUCCAUGGCAUUUCCACCGUGUAUUUAGAUCAGUCACUGGUCUUACUCCAAAGGCAUAUGGUGAAGCGUGUUGGAACGCAGUCACUGCCAACCCAACAGUUCCUGCUGAAAUCGCUGCUAAUGCUACUAGAACAACUGAUCCUGGUACCACCCAGUCUACACCAACAGACUCGCCUGCUCAUGUGUUUAGUCAUCCAUACCAAUUCAAGGUGCCUGCGAAUGAACAACGACCGAUGGACUCGACUGCCUCUGAACCUGGUGACCUACCAUCGAUGCAAGACAUUGCUGGUAACACUCCAAUAGGCUUUGAUUCCUUGAACAUCCCACUUAACCAUAUUCACGAGCAACCUCAACACCUGACUAACUUUGAAAUGGAUUCUUUUGACCCCCUACAGCAGCAUUCUCUAGCAGGAGUUACCGGAUCUGGUGCUUCCUUCAUGCUGAAUCCUGAUAUCUCAGCACAACAAGGUUCUGCCAUGGAUCUGUCACUUUCAGGACCUAAUGCCGUGUCGUCAGCUGUUUCGGGCACAAACCCUCUUUUCGCAUCUGCCACUGCUAAUGACCCUUCAUUUAUGACUUCUGUAAAAAGCUGGGAAGGUAUGAUGCCCAUGGGAUAUUCUCAGGACAGUCCAAACAUGAACUCGUCUAACGGAACACUGGCUAGCACUCCAACAACUGUCCCAUCGUCUCUUAGCAGUCCACAUGAUGCUUUUGCUAUCAGAAAAAACCAUUUACAGCAACAACAGCACCACCACCAUCAGCAACAACAACAACUCCAUCAACAGCAACAACAACAGCAACAACAGCAACAACAGCAACAACAGCAACAACAACAGCAGCAACAACAACAACAACUCAAGUUACAAUCGCAGCAUAAACAGACUAAACUGCCCACCACACAACCACUUCAACAACAACCGGGAAUGUGGAUGGACGAAGACACACUUCCUGCUGCAGUUUCUCUGCCCCUGACCACCGCGCCAUCUGGCGUGUCUGCCUCGACCAAUUCGCUCGUUACUAGUCCCCCAUCCAACAUGAGUCUUGGCAACUCGUUCAGCGAUCUCACAAUGAACGAUAUCUUCACCACCAUGGAAGCCUCACCGUCGGUCCUAGCCACCACCGCAGGACUUUUCGACUCUCAUCUCUCGCUAGUAUCUACGGCACCAACGCCAUUUGACAUGAACUCUAUGUCCAUCCCCUCACUGGCUGCCGAUACCUGGAUUGCCGAGACCCCAACAUUUGUUGGCGACGGAGAAGACCCGACCAUGAAAAAUAACAAACUGCAGCUGGAAAUCCAGUACUAA